AAAGUCCUGUCUAUAAACCCUAUAAAAACAAGGCAGCUGGAAAGGCUGUUGAGAGUGCACUGAAGGGGAGGAAAGGCGUUAGUCUAGCAAGGACAGCUGGCAAACUUCAGGCCAGUAGGAGCAGCCUCAGGAAGCAGACCAGACCCUUUAUUUGCAUCUUCCCCUUCAGUAGCUGGAGAAGAAUCUUGUGAAGCAUCAGCCAGAUAGUUGCGGAGCAAUUCAGAACCUAGGAGAGCUCCGGAAUCCCCCUGUGCUCAAGGGACCCACUUGUUCCCAAAGAGAACAGAGCCUCUUUCUGCUUGUUCAGGACCAAAGAGAUGGAACACAGAAACAGUUCCCAGCUUCUCCUUUCUUUUACACUUCUCUGUAUCCUCUGCUCACGAGCUCUUGCUUUACCUCCUCUGGAAUCAUACUCAGCUUUGAGAUUAGGAAAUAGAAUGCCAUUUGAUGGAGCAAGUGAAUCAGAUCAAGCUCAAGGUUCAUUAAAACUGGAGGCUGACAUUUUGCAAACUACACUACCAGAUAAUGAUAAACUCUAUUAUGAUAUCUCCAGAGCUUUGGACAGAAACACAAGACAUACUGAUGGACUCUUCACAAGUGAAUACAGCAGAAUGUUGGGUCAACUCACUGCACAAAAGUACCUGGACUCACUUAUUGGAAAAAGAACUGGAAAUGAAAAUCUUCCUGAAGAAGAGAAACGCCACUCAGACGGUCUCUUCACUGACAACUAUAGCCGCUUGCGAAAGCAAAUGGCUACAAAGAAAUAUUUGGACUCUCUUUUUUUGGGGAAAAGAAGACCCUCUGAAGACAACCUCGAUGAAACUCCCUCUACAAGAGAUGAUGACUUUUUUUGAGUUCCUCAUAGCAUUUCAAAAAAAUGAUUUCGUUAUUUAAGCCAAAACAGAUAUAUUGUGAAGUGAAAUUUGUGAUAUUUUUGUUUCUUAUCUAAUAAAAGUGGAUGUUUACAUGGUAAAUAUUACUUUAGAGUGAUCUACCUGAAGCUGUACAUAUGUAUGCUAGUUUUAACUCAUACAAAUCCUGUGAUCACUUAUGCUGUAAAUCUUUUUUUUUAAAAUAAUUGCAUUUCAAAGAAAGGUGAACACUGCACAUAAUAGGGAAGUGCAUUAAACUGUGGUUUAUGGUUGCUUACACAAAAUCAAUGAAUGCAAAUAAAUGUCCCUUAGCUCUUAAACCACCAUUUUACUUACAAGUUGGGGAGUGAAAGUGUGGGUUAAAAAAUGGUGUUUCCCAGUGUUUUAAUAUACAUGUACAAAUCAAUUGUGCACAUUACUGGUAUUAUAAUUGUUGGUGCACUUGGCCUGAAGAAAACUUAUCAGAUUAAUUUUAAUUUCUGCUCUGGCAAAAAAAAAAACCCCUAUAAGAAUUUUCUGAAAAGUUCAAAACAUUUCAAGGGUAUUGAUGAAAAUUCACAAGGAGGUUGUACACAUCUGUAGUGAACAACAAAUCAAGCAAGCAAGCCUUUAUUGGCAUAGACAACAGUACAAACAACAAAUCAAGAAUGGCAGUUGCUCAUUGCUAUCCUAAAUAGAUUCAUACCCUCCUAACUCCAUUGAAAAUGAGUUUAGAACAGUAUAACUCUCUUUAGGAUUGCACUGUUAAUUAAUUAUUCUAAAGGGAAAGAAUGUGAUUUUGUGUGUAUGCCCCACAACAAUCUGAUUUAUUUUCAUAAUACUAACACAUACGUGGAAUUGAUCUGUUUAAUACCUUUUCAGAGUUCAUAUGUGUAUUCAGUAGGAUUUGAUUCCAUACGAGAUGCAUAAACUUUUGUGAAAGAGCAUCCACUAAAAGGGCACGACAUUGGAUAGAUUUUUCAUAAAGGCUUAUAAUCGACCAUAAAUUUGGAACUCAUAAUCUAACAAGAAGUUAGUCAGAUAUAUGUGUAACUUUUCCAUGUAAUGAAAUAGCAGAUGGAUUCAGUGCAAUCCAUGACUGCCAAAGCAUAUCAGAAGAUCAGUUCUAUCACUUAAUUUGUUUCAUGUGCUAAAAUCAUUGUUGCUGAAAUUAUUCUUUAAACUCUGUAUACCUUUACUGAUGAAAGUAUUCCUAAUACAUAAAAAGUAGAACUGGAGACACUUUACUAUUUUUUCAAAAUGAAUGUAACCAAUGAAAUAUGCAGACAAUAAAGACAUUUUAUUAUCACUGCAAA